UACCCCCUCUUCAUCUCUUAAUAACUCCUAUUCCUAUUCCAAUCCCAAUUUGUCUUCCUAGUUUUUUUUUCUAGCAUUGCAAGUAAAGAAACUCUUCUUAGGCUUCCUCUUAACUCUCAUUCACAUUCCCCAUUUUUCUUUUGCUACAAAACAGAGUGAAAGCAGAGUACACUAUUCUCUGUUCUUCAAGAUUGUAUUUCAAUAUAGUAUUAACUGAUUACUUGAACAUAAUUUAGGAGUGACAAUGACUCAGCAGAAUGUGGUAGUGUCCGAUCCUAAAUCCGGUAUUAAUUUGACAAUACCGGUGAAGGUAUCAAACUCCCCCGCACUGUUCACGAAGCCGCCACCGGCGCCAGGGAGUUGCAUCACCAUUUCAAGAAAGACACUUGUUGAAAUAAAUAGUGGUCCAAGAAUCAAUUCUUGGGUUGACUCAAUGAGAGCUUCCUCUCCUACUCGUCACAAGUCCACUAGUCCUCUUUCUGAUGACAUCAAUUCUUGGAUGGUGCAACAUCCAUCAGCACUGGAUAUGUUUGAGCAGAUAAUAAGUGCUUCAAAGGGAAAGCAAAUAGUAAUGUUUUUAGACUAUGACGGCACCCUUUCCCCCAUUGUUGAGGAUCCUGAUCAAGCUUUCAUGUCUGAUGCUAUGAGAGCAACAGUGAGAAAACUUGCUAGAUAUUUCCCUACUGCAAUAGUGAGUGGAAGGUGCAGAGACAAGGUAUACAACUUUGUACGAUUGGCAGAGUUGUACUAUGCUGGAAGCCAUGGAAUGGAUAUAAAAGGACCAUCAAAAGGUUCCAAAUACAAGAAAGGAGCAGAAGCUGUUCUUUGCCAACCAGCAAGUGAAUUUCUACCAAUGAUUGAUGAGGUUUACAAAGCACUCAUUGAUGCAACAAAAUCUACAGAAGGAGUUACAGUGGAGAAUAACAAGUUUUGUGCCUCUGUACAUUUCCGCCGUGUUGAUGAAAAGAAAUGGGGUGAACUAGCACAAGUCGUAAGGUCAGUGCUUAAGGAAUAUCCAAAGCUGAGAUUAACACAAGGAAGAAAAGUAUUUGAGAUCCGUCCUACUAUUAAAUGGGACAAAGGCAAAGCUCUUGAAUUCUUGCUUGAAUCUCUUGGAUAUGCUAACUGUACUGAUGUAUUUCCUGUAUAUAUUGGUGAUGACCGAACCGAUGAAGAUGCUUUUAAGGUUCUAAGAGAAAGAGGACAGGGUUUUGGCAUUCUCGUCUCCAAAAUUCCAAAAGACACACAUGCAUCUUAUUCUUUACAAGAACCAUCUGAGGUUAUGGUGUUUCUACGACGCUUGGUAGAGUGGAAAAAGUUGUCAUUAAGAAGACAGUUUAGAAUUCGAAGACAAAUUGAAGAGAUAAAAGCAUCUCUACGGAACUAAUGAAGAAUUAUUGUCCAAAAGUAAUGGACUUAAUGAUGCAUAUAAUGUAUUUUCCUUUUAUAAAUAUAACAAAAGAAGUUGUAAAAGAAAAGGUGGAAAAGAUAGGCUUUUUGAUCCUUUUCUAUUUGGCUUUAAGGCCUUGUACAUCUUUGUAACUAGCUCUGUACAAGGGUAAAUUGUAAUUUUCCAGUCUUAGCUAAAUGCAUAUAUUGGAAGUUCUCUCUCUAAAUACA